UGAAGGCAGCUGAAGGAGUCGUUGCCGCUUGUAAUGUGGCUGGCCCUGCAGUCCGUCUCCUUGGGGCUGGGCUGACCUGUGGAGCCGCAGAGGGCCUACCUUGACCGAGCGACGUAAGGCAGAUACAGCGCGUAGUGUUUGAAGAUGGUCCUAAACUCUUUGUUCCUGUGCGCUGGCGAUCAAGGAAACAGAAUGAUGUACUGUUCUUCCCACGGCGACCUUAGCCCUUCGGCCUUAGCGUGGGCCAUGGUCUCUGGAGACAGCGGCCUUGUGGCCAGAUCCGAGGCGGUUCAUCCAGGACCUACUCCUUGGCAGGUGGUACGGCAAACCGUUCGGAUCGAGACCCGUCGGGCUACUGGUGGCAACUGGAGCCUUCGGCGCUUUGUAAGGGGAGGGGACCCUGAUGGGCGGAGCCGAAGCGGUUGGGCGAGAUUUUCGCCUUACCCGACCCCAGGGUUUGCACUGAAUCUGCAAAGAAGUGUCUGA